AUGAAACUUAGAAUAACAACUGGAUCUAGGAAUCUCAGAAUCUCAGAAUCUCAGAAUAUCAGAAUCUCGGAAUCUAGGGAUCUAGGAAUCUCAGAAUCUCAGAAUCUCAGAAUAUCAGAAUCUCAGAAUAUCAGAAUAUCAGAAUCUCAGAAUCUCAGAAUCUCAGGAUCUCAGGAUCUCCGAAUCUCAGAAUCUCAGAAUCUCAGAAUCUCAGAAUUUCAGAAUCUCAGAAUCUCAGAAUAUCAGAAUCAUAGAAUUUUAGGAUCUCAUUACCUUAUAAUUUCAGAAUCUCAGAAUCUCAGAAUCUCAGAAUCUCAGAAUCUCAGAAUCUCGGAAUCUAGGGAUCUAGGAAUCUCAGAAUCUCAGAAUCUCAGAAUAUCAGAAUCUCAGAAUCUCAGAAUAUCAGAAUAUCAGAAUCUCAGAAUCUCAGAAUCUCAGGAUCUCAGGAUCUCCGAAUCUCAGAAUCUCAGAAUCUCAGAAUUUCAGAAUCUCAGAAUCUCAGAAUAUCAGAAUCAUAGAAUUUUAGGAUCUCAUUACCUUAUAAUUUCAGAAUCUCAGAAUCUCAGGAUCUCAAAAUUUCAGAAGCACAGAAGUUCAGAAAAUCUCAGAAUCUCAGAAUAUCAGAAUCUCAGAAUCUCAGAAUAUCAGAAUAUCAGAAUCUCAGAAUCUCAGAAUCUCAGAAUCUCGGAAUCUAGGGAUCUAGGAAUCUCAGAAUCUCAGAAUCUCAGAAUAUCAGAAUCUCAGAAUCUCAGAAUAUCAGAAUAUCAGAAUCUCAGAAUCUCAGAAUCUCAGGAUCUCAGGAUCUCCGAAUCUCAGAAUCUCAGAAUCUCAGAAUUUCAGAAUCUCAGAAUCUCAGAAUAUCAGAAUCAUAGAAUUUUAGGAUCUCAUUACCUUAUAAUUUCAGAAUCUCAGAAUCUCAGGAUCUCAAAAUUUCAGAAGCACAGAAGUUCAGAAGUUCAGAAUCUCAGUUUUUUAAAUUUCAGAAUUUCAGAAUCUCAGAAUCUAGGAAUUUCGGAUCCUGUAAAUCUGAAAAAUUCAGAAUCUCAAAACUCAAAAUUCCACUUCUAA